AUGACUUUUUCCUUUGGAAAUGAGUUUCCAGCCAAUGUUAAAGUUCUUGUGAUUGAUCAUGAUAUUGAUCUUCUCAAUGCUAUUGACAAAACAUUGUCUCAAUUCAAUUACCAAGUUACAACAUGCUCGACGGUUUCUUCAGCCUCGAAUUUGAUAGCACAAAAGGUGCAUUUUGAUUUGGUACUACUUGAAACUCAAAUGCCGGACAUGGAUUCAUUUGAUUUCUUGCAACAAUUGACACAACAAGUCAAUAUUCCUGUCAUUAUGACGAUGUGUUCUGAAGGAUCAACAAAUUAUGGAAUAAUCAAGGCCAUUGAAAAUGGAGCUUGUGACUGUUUUGUCAAGCCAUUCGCUGAAAAUCAAGUAAAGUAUAUGUGGCAUCAUGCUGUUAGGAAAAUGAUGAAAGGAAAUAAAAAGCAUAAAAUCAAUGAGCAAUUGGGGGUUGAAGGUAGCCAAAUAAGGGCAAGAGAUGAUUCAAAUUUACCCUUAAAAGAUGCAACAUCGGAAAAAGGGUAA